AGGGCGCUCCGCGCAUGCGCACGGGGUCGGGCUCGGGAGGCGGACCCUGGCUGCCAUCUUGCAGCGCGCGGGAACCGCCGCCGCCGCUGGCCAAAAAGCGGAGCCCGGCGAAAGCGUGUCUUGCUCAGACAGCCUUCCUUCUCCAUUGCCACCGUGCCGAACAGACAGGCUGCCCAACUGCAACUGUAGGCCAAUGAACUAAUCCAUCGCCCGCAGACCGACUCUCAGCAGCGGUUCGUCCCGGUGCCCACCCCCGCGAAACGGAGCGCCCGGGCACCUAGCCUCCCCGCCGGCCACGAUGCCGAACGUGCUGCUGCCGCCCAAGGAGAGCAACCUCUUCAAACGCAUCUUGAAAUGUUAUGAACAGAAGCAGUACAAAAAUGGCCUCAAGUUUUGCAAGAUGAUUCUGUCGAACCCAAAAUUUGCUGAACAUGGAGAGACUUUGGCUAUGAAAGGAUUAACACUGAACUGUUUAGGAAAAAAAGAAGAAGCUUAUGAAUUUGUUCGUAAAGGACUUCGUAAUGAUGUCAAGAGUCAUGUCUGUUGGCAUGUAUAUGGACUGUUGCAGCGUUCUGAUAAGAAAUACGAUGAAGCUAUAAAAUGUUACCGAAAUGCCCUCAAAUUAGAUAAAGAUAACCUGCAAAUUUUGAGGGAUCUCUCACUGUUGCAGAUCCAAAUGAGAGACCUUGAAGGUUACCGAGAGACAAGAUACCAGCUUCUUCAGUUGCGCCCCACACAGCGUGCUUCGUGGAUUGGAUAUGCUAUUGCAUACCAUUUGCUGAAAGAUUAUGAUAUGGCCCUAAAACUGUUGGAAGAAUUUAGACAAACUCAGCAAGUUCCUCCAAACAAAAUAGAUUAUGAAUAUAGUGAACUGAUACUAUACCAGAAUCAAGUGAUGAGAGAGGCAGAUCUAUUUCAGGAAUCUUUGGAACAUAUAGAAACAUAUGAGAAACAAAUAUGUGAUAAACUUUUGGUGGAAGAAAUUAAAGGUAAGUGUGUUUCCAUCAUAUUAGAGAGGUCUGGGUCCUCAUUCUCCACACCUUCUCCUAAUUUGUGUGGCUUAGUAAAAGGAUUUGACCUUUUACUGACCCACUCAGCUAAUCUGUACAUGAACAUGGCUUGCACUUUGGAAGAGAGGCUUCAAAUUUAUGAAGAAAUUAGUAAGCAGCACCCCAAAGCAAUUACACCCAGAAGGUUACCUUUGACUCUUGUCCCAGGUGAAAGAUUUAGAGAACUAAUGGAUAAGUUCCUGAGGGUUAACUUCAGUAAAGGAUGCCCACCCUUGUUUACUACUUUGAAAUCUUUAUAUUACAAUACAGAAAAGGUUUCUAUAAUCCAGGAACUUGUUACUAAUUAUGAAGCCUCUCUUAAAACGUGUGACUUUUUUAGCCCAUAUGAGGAUGGGGAGAAGGAACCCCCGACAACACUACUUUGGGUUCAGUAUUUCCUGGCACAGCACUUUGAUAAACUUGGACAGUAUUCUCUGGCUUUGGAUUAUAUUAAUGCUGCAAUUGCUAGUACUCCAACUCUAAUAGAAUUAUUCUAUAUGAAGGCAAAAAUUUACAAGCAUAUAGGUAAUCUCAGAGAAGCUGCAAAGUGGAUGGAUGAAGCACAGUCUUUGGACACAGCUGAUAGAUUCAUCAAUUCCAAAUGUGCAAAAUACAUGCUUCGAGCAAAUAUGAUAAAAGAAGCAGAGGAAAUGUGCUCCAAGUUCACAAGGGAAGGGACAUCUGCCAUGGAAAAUCUAAAUGAAAUGCAGUGUAUGUGGUUUCAGACAGAAUGCAUUUCAGCUUAUCAGCGUCUGGGGAGAUACGGGGAUGCCUUGAAAAAAUGUCAUGAAGUAGAAAGGCAUUUUUUUGAGAUAACCGAUGACCAAUUCGACUUCCAUACAUACUGCAUGAGAAAGAUGACCCUUCGUGCCUAUGUUGACCUUUUGAGAUUAGAAGAUAUACUCAGAAGACAUGCCUUUUAUUUCAAGGCUGCUAGAUCAGCGAUUGAAAUAUACUUGAAAUUGUAUGAUAAUCCCUUAACCAAUGAAAGCAAACAACAAGAAAUAAACUCAGAAAACCUGUCAGCCAAAGAAUUGAAGAAAAUGCUUAGCAAGCAGAGAAGAGCCCAGAAAAAGGCUAAGCUAGAAGAAGAAAGAAAGCAUGCAGAAAGAGAACGUCAACAGAAAAAUCAAAAGAAAAAAAGAGAUGAAGAAGAAGAAGAAGCCAGUGGUCUUAAGGAAGAACUUAUACCUGAAAAAUUAGAAAGGGUAGAAAAUCCAUUAGAGGAAGCUGUUAAGUUCCUUAUACCUCUUAAGAACCUUGUUGCUGAUAACAUUGACACUCAUCUGUUAGCAUUUGAAAUAUAUUUUAGAAAAGGCAAGUUUCUGUUAAUGCUGCAGUCUGUCAAACGAGCUUUUGCCAUUAACAGUAAUAACCCGUGGUUACAUGAAUGUUUAAUUAGAUUUUCUAAAUCUGUGUCUAAUCAUAGUAAUCUUCCAGACAUUGUGAGCCAAGUUCUAUCUCAAGAAAUGCAGAAAAUAUUUGUCAACAAGGAUUUGGAAAGUUUUAAUGAGGAUUUUCUGAAACAGAAUGCUACCUCUCUUCAGCAUCUACUUUCAGGUGCUAAAAUGAUGUAUUUUCUGGACAAGUCAAGGCAAGAGAAAGCAAUUGCUAUAGCCACUAGACUGGAUGAAACUAUAAAAGAUAAAAAUGUAAAGACAUUAAUAAAGGUUUCUGAAGCACUGCUUGAUGGCAGCUUUGGGAACUGUAGUUCCCAAUAUGAAGAAUAUAGGAUGGCCUGUCAUAACCUGCUUCCUUUUACAUCUGCCUUCUUGCCUGCUGUGAAUGAAGUUGACAAUCCUAAUGUGGCACUGAACCAUACAGCUAAUUAUGAUGUCUUGGCAAAUGAAAUUUGAAAUCUCCUAGAAAGUAGACUCCUAUAGACUCAAAGCUGAAAUGAGAUCAGGGUUUCUUUUCCAGGGUGCAUUUUAAUACAUGUAUGAAAUGAAAUAUUUGGUUAGGAUUUUUAAAUGGCAUAUUCUGUAAGCUUAUUUUAUUCUUUACCUGACCUGCCAAUUUACACAACCAUCUGUUAAAAUUACCGUUUGUUCUUACACAGUUUGUGGUAGCUGUCGCAUAUGAUAAUUUCUUACUAAGCUAAGUUGUAUACAACCCCACUGUAUUAUUUUCUUUAGAUUCUGAUUUCAGGAUCUGUGCUUUGAUUCCUCAUCUGUUUGUUUUAUUGUUUAUUUGCUUGCUUUUUAAUUAAAGUGCAUCAGUUUUAAAGUGUUAACUAUAUGUUAAAAACAAUAUGGAGGCUGGGCAUAGUGGCUCACACCUGUAAUCCCAGCACUUUGGGAGGCCCAGAUCGGCGGAUCACCUGAGAUCAGAAGAUCGAGAUCAGCCUGGCCAACAUGGUGAAACCCCUUCUCUGCUGAAACUACAAAAAUUUAGCCAGACGUGGUGGCACGCACCUGUAAUCCCAGCUACUCAGGAGCUGAGGCGGGAGAAUCGCUUGAACCCGGGAGGUGGAGGUUGCAGUGAGCCGAGAUCACGCCACUGCACUCCAGCAUGGGCAACAGAGCAAGACUCCAUCUCAUAAAAAAGGAAUUCUUCUUGGCAGAUACUGAAGUUUAUUUUAAAAUUUAAUUCGCCCUUUUUUUCAUUGUAAUAUUUCGUGGUUUACUAUUUCCUUUGUAGUAUUCAUGAAAAUUGUAUUUUCUGGUUGAAUGGGGUACUCUAGUUUUAUGUAGAUAAUUUCAGAAUGUGAAGGCUGUUUUGCCUGUCAGUCAUGGAAAUUCACUGGUAAAAUUGUUGCAUCUCUCUCCCAGUCUUCAAGGCCCACAGGCAAGAAUUAAUGCUUUCUUAACUAAGUUACUUCAGUGUUAACAAGUAGCUUAUACUGAGGUAUGCUUCAGGGGAGCAUUAUAGGGCAGAAAACAAAUUAAAAUGAAACGUUCUUAUUCUUAUAGCCAUGCAUUGACCAUUAAAUGCAUUUUUAUAUCUCAGCAGAAUGAGAUUUGAAACUCAUUAGUUUAACUAUUAAAACAUAGUGUUGUUAAACAGUAUUUUUGGGGGGGACGGGUGAAUAGCUUUUUGUUCUAUCCUGUACAGAAAGCAGUAAUGGAAUCACUUAUGUUCAGAACCUUGUAAAUAUGUCUGUAAUAUUAAUGCUUCCCUUUAUUAAGACAAAUAUACAUUCAAAAAGGGAGAUUUUAUUUAGACACACGCUUUCUUUCACCCUAAUCUAUUUAGAUUCAUACUUAUUGCGACAGGAAAAACUCACUGUAAAAUAAUGCCAACGUAGAUAAUGCUAUAAUAAAUUAUUUUGUACACAGUUGCUUA